UUCACAACUAACACAUUUUCCCCUUAUUUAUAUUUAAAUAAAUUAUAAUUGCUCAAAAUUAAUUUUAAAGAACAAAAAAAAAGUGUAAAUAAAUAAACAACCCUUUCCCCCCUCCCUGGAAAGUAACACAGAAGAUUGGUUCAUCACCAAAUUAAUUUUGUACCAAUCUUCUGAACCCUACUUUCUCCAAUCCCAAUACAACCCAACCAUAAAUCUAACUAACCAAUUUAAUUCCCACUACUCUAAAUCAAGAAAAAUGGUAGAGGCAGCAAGAAUCUCCGGCACCGGCGGAAGAAGGGGCGGCGACCUCCUCGCAUUCGCCGCCCACGUACUCCGAGGCCGGUGGUUCUCCCUCUUCGCCUCCUUCCUCGUAAUGGCCGGCGCCGGAGCUACUUACCUCUUCGGAGUUUACUCCAAGGACAUCAAAUCCUCCCUCGGUUACGACCAGACAACCCUCAACCUCCUCGGUUUCUUCAAGGACCUCGGCGCCAACGUCGGCGUGUUGUCGGGACUCAUCGCCGAGGUAACUCCGACGUGGUUCGUCCUCCUAAUCGGCUCCGCCAUGAACUUCGCCGGCUACUUCAUGAUAUGGCUCUCCGUCACCGGCAAGGUCUCAAAGCCCAGAGUCUGGCAAAUGUGCCUGUACAUCUGCAUCGGAGCAAACUCCCAGAACUUCGCCAACACCGGCGCCCUCGUCACCUCCGUCAGAAACUUCCCGGAGAGCAGGGGAGUCAUGCUCGGCCUGCUGAAGGGCUUCACCGGCCUGAGCGGCGCCAUACUCACCCAGAUCUACCUCGCCGUCUACGGCAACGAUUCCAAAGCCUUGAUUCUCCUCAUCGCCUGGCUCCCGGCGGCGUUGUCUGUGGUUUUCGUCUACACAAUUCGUGCGAUGAAAGUUGUCAGGCAAGGGAACGAGCUCAAGAUCUUCUACCAAUUUCUCUACGUUUCGAUCUUACUCGCCCUGUUUAUCAUGGCCAUGACCGUACUUGAAAAAGUCACCGCCUUUUCGCCGGCGGCUUACGCAGCCAGCGCCACCGUCGUCUCCGCCUUGCUCUUCUUUCCUUUAUUCAUCGCCGUCAGAGAAGAAUCCUCAAUUUGGAGCAUCAAGAAACAGCAACUCACUAACCCUCCUCAAAUAAUCACCAUUGACGAUAAUAAUAAUAAUAACAAUCCAGCUCCAAUGGAGGAGAAAUCAAGAACUGCAACAACGACAACUCGUUGGUACGCAAAAAUAUUCGACAGGCCCGAAAGAGGAGAAGAUUACACCAUCUUACAAGCACUUUCCAGCACAGAUAUGCUGAUUCUGUUUCUUGCAACGUUCUGCGGUUUGGGUUCGAGUUUAACGGCAGUUGACAAUUUAGGACAAAUCGGGGAGUCGUUAGAGUACCCCGUAAGGACGAUCAAGACAUUCGUUUCGCUUCUAAGCAUAUGGAAUUACUUCGGGAGAAUAUUCUCGGGGUUCGUCUCCGAAAAGCUUCUCUCGAAAUACAAAUUCCCGAGGCCACUUAUGAUGACAAUUGUCCUGUUUUUGUCCUGCAUCGGCUUGCUUCUAAUUGCGUUUCCGUUCCGUGGCUCGGUUUACAUUGCAUCCGUGAUUAUUGGGUUUUCGUUUGGAGCUCAAUUGCCGUUGCUUUUCGCAAUAAUUUCCGAGCUUUUUGGGCUGAAAUACUACUCCACGUUGUUCAAUUGCGGGCAAUUGGCAAGCCCGCUCGGUUCAUAUAUACUGAAUGUUAGAGUGACGGGCCCACUUUACGAUAGGGAGGCGUUGAAGAAUCUGGCGAAGAAGGGGUUGACUAGAGAUUCGGUCAAGGAGUUGACUUGUGUUGGACCGCAGUGUUAUCGGUUGGCGUUUGUGAUAUUGGCUUCGGUUACGUUUUUUGGAGCGGUUUCUUCGCUCAUUUUAGUGGCGAGGACUCGAGAGUUUUAUAGGGGUGACAUUUAUAAGAAGUUUAGGGAUGAAGCUGAGGAAAGUAGUGAGAGGGAAAUGGCUUCGACAGUCAAUAAAUGAAUUUGUUUGGAGUAUAGGGACCAAUUGAGCAAAUCAAUGUCUUUUUUUCCGUUUUGCAUUUUAAGUUUCUGCGAACUUGUGCAGAAAUCGAAGGCGGAAGAGAUGUAACGCCUUUGAAAUCGAACUUGUGAUCGUUCUUGUGUAUAGUCUUUUACUGGAUUUCAGACUUUCUCGGUGAAGUUGAAUUCCUUCGUAAUAAAAAAGAUGUACAUAUUUUGUUCGGCAA